AUGAGUCAGCUAGUCGUUGACAUAUGUAAGUUGAAUCAGGUUCUUUUAAACCUCAAUGAAAGAAGCAAAGAGAUCUUUACCAAUUCAUCAAGAAGAUUUCGUGUAGUAGCGCAGUUGUUAGAUAUUCAACCAUACGAUGACGAAGAAAAUGAAGGAUUCUUGUGUAAAUUGAUAGUCGGGAAUUUACCAGAUUUCCAUGCACAGAUUUUGGAUGAUGUAGCCCAUUUUACACAAGUUAAGAAUGUACGUCUGGAAUUGUAUGUCUCAGAAUCUCUCUAUCGAUCCACUUUUGAUAUAAAUUGCUCAAAUAGAACACCAGAGCUAUAUGAUGCGGUAGACUUAACGGUGGCCAUUUGGAAUAACGGAUUCAUCAAUAUAAAAUGUGAAGUAAUUGAUAUUGAAAUACUUAAUUUAGAGGAAGUGAAUCAAUUGCGAGAAUUCAUAGCCUCUCCAAUGGGGCAAGAAUUCCUUCAACUGUCUAACUCCACAGGAGACUAUUCCCAACCUAACACAUAG